AUGGGUAUCUCUUUCUGGUCAGAUAAGGAAAAGGGUGCCGACCCUCAAGUCCAUGCAGCCACGAGCUCGCAGGAGAGUGUCAUUCAGUAUGGCGAUAUCAAAUACACGGCCGCAGAGGGAGCCAACUCUUCGCGCCCAACGUAUCAGGAUGCGGCCGGUGCGCCGGUGGAAACGAGCUCGCCCUUGGGAUAUUCAGUUAGCUUUUGGGUGAGCUUGACCCUGAAUAUCAAUCAGAUGGUUGGAACCGGUAUAUUUUCAACGCCGGCCAGUAUCCUUAAGGGAGUUGGCUCGGUCGGCCUGACCAUGAUAUACUGGUUUAUAGGAUACUUGCUCUCGCAGAGUGUACUGGCAGUGUACCUCGAGCUUGCUUCGUAUUUCCCAAGUCGCUCCGGAUCUGAAGUCGUAUACCUCGAACAAGCAUAUCCGAAACCGCGAUAUUUCUUUCCGACCAUUUUCGCGAUCAAACAUGUUAUUUUCUCGUUUGGGAGUAGCAAUGCGAUUGUCCUGGCCGAAUAUUUGUUUGGACUCGCGGACUCGUCCUACACAGAUUGGCAGCUGAAAGGUGUGGCCAUUGCUGGAUACACGGUUGCAUUGAUAGUCGUGAGCAUAAAUACCAAAUGGUCACUACGAAUCGUCGUGGCGUUUGGCUUUAUCAAGAUUGCGACAUUGCUAUUAAUUUCCAUAGCAGGCUUGGUUAUCCUUGGAGGACAUACAAGAAUACCAGACCCCAACAUCAACUGGCGCAACGCCUGGGAAGGCUCAUCAUCGGCAUCGGCAUAUGGUGCCACAAAUGCCAUGGUCAAAAUCAUCUUCUCGUACUCGGGCUAUGUGAAUGCGUUUGGUCUUGUCAACGAGAUUCAGAAUCCCAUCAAAACCCUUCGGUGGAGCGCGCCGUUCUCUCUGAUCCUCGUGACCGUCCUGUACAUCCUGGUCAACGUGGCGUAUUUCUCAGCAGCAUCGCGAGAAGAAAUACUCAACUCGAAACAGAUUGCCGCUGGUCUGUUUUUUCAGAAAUUAUUUGGUGCUGGCAGCGGUGCAUCGCGCGCGUUAAAUGUUCUUAUUUGCAUCAGUGCAUUUGGCAAUUUGAUUGCUGUCAUGAUCAAUACCUCGCGACUUCUUCGUGAGACUGGGAGACAAGGUGUCCUCCCCUGGACACGGUUCUGGACUUAUACCAAACCUCUUGGGACACCUCUUGGGCCGUAUGUGUUCCAGUGGCUUAUAACAUUGCUUAUGAUUGUCGCUCCUCCAGCCGGAGACGCAUUUAACUUUGUCGUCGAUCUUUCCACUUAUCCAGCAAACAUCUUCAACUUCCUCCUGAUGGUCGGCCUAAUUCUUGUGCGGCGACAGCGCGGUCGAGUCAACUUGCCGAGAUCGGAAUACCGAGCUUGGAAUCUUGCAAUUGGAUUUUCCGUUCUAACGUACCUCUACAUGUUGGUUGCGCCGUGGUAUCCACCUACCACUGGCGCCAACGGGGGAGACGUGAGUUUUUGGUAUGGGACAUAUCUAGUUGUUGGCGUUGGGCUUCUUGUCCUGUGUGGUAUUUAUUACUAUUUAUGGGUCAGCGUCCUCCCCAACUGGAAGGGAUACGAGCUUCGACAGACCGUCCUCGAGUUCGACAAUGGGUCGGUCUCGCACAAACUGGUCAAAGUACCAAAGUCCGAACUGGCACAGUGGGACGAGGAUCACGAUGCAGUUGGACAUUUACGGCGUCGAAUUGUACACGAUUCUGCGGAUUCUGCGUAG